AUACUCAAUACUCCUUAGGGUGACACGAGCCCGGUUCGACUUCCGACCUAGAGGUACAAGUUCGGAGCAGAUUUUGUACACUAUUUUGUGAGACGAGAUGAUUCGCCCACGAUACGAAGACUGACGUACAACUAUAAACGUGUACUUGUUCGUUGAUAAUUGGCAGAUACGAAAGGCGUAUAAGUCUAUGUAUUAAUAUCCAAUACAAGGAAGUAAUUGCCAUUUUGAAAGUUUAUAGUAUUACAGGAAUGGGUAUUUUAGACUCGAUACAAUGUCUACUGAUUGUAAAUUGUAUUAUUUUUGCCGAGGCAGGCUGCGAUGGAUUUCAAAAGUGUUGUGUUGGUUUUACGUGGAACGAGGAUCUCCAGAACUGUACAAAAUGUGACAUAGGAUAUACAGGAAGAUUUUGUGAAUUGAAAUGUCCACAUCCAACUUAUGGAGAAAUUUGUCAACAAAUAUGUGACUGUAAUAAAUCUCUUUGUAAUUUUGCAACAGGAUGUAAACUUGAAGAUCAUACAUUUUCAUCGACAGAGCUUUCUACACCAAUUACCACAGCAAUACCUCUUGUCAACUCAAAGAAUAUUUUAAACUUUACAACGUCCACUCUACCUAAGGUCAAUGCUACACAAGUUCAACACAUGACGGCGUUACGGUCAGUUUAUAACAGCGAUAAGGAAACUUUUUGGAUUCUAACACACCCAAUAGUCAUCUCUUUAUUUGUUUUCAACAUAUUUUUCGUGAUUAUUAUCCUUAUUUUUAUCGUCUUUAUUUCCCGGAGAUUGGGCCAUAGAUCUAGAUCAAGUGAAAUAUUAAGUGAGAAUGAUACUCAAGGAAAGAGUGUAAAGGAAGAAAUGACCAUGUGCCGUUCAUAUAAUCAGCAUGAUAGUUUGGCACCUCUUCUUCAAUCAACAGUUAUUGCGCACAUUUCAAAUUCUUCAACUGCUCUGAACAAUUUAAGGACACAGGAAAUUCCAAGAGGUCCCUCAGAAAAUGCUGAGUAUACAGACACCAAAUCUGUUUAUACAGAAAUGGCAUCAAUAUCUCUAACACAGAGAUAUGAAGAUGAAUCUCAGAUGGACCUUGGAAAUUUAAGGAGGCCGUGUCAAUCCGUGGACGACAAUGUGUACAUAAUGACAGAUACACUGACAGGAACAUUUACAGACACCUUGACAGACACAGAAAGAUUCGACAGUGAAACUGACACAAAAGAUUUUCGUCGAAAUUGUAUAUAAAAUCCUUUUUUAAAGAAAAUACUAGUAACUCAUAAAUAAUAUUAUCUUAUUUAAAAUAUUAUGUCAAUUAAUGUAAGUUACUUUAGUUCGAAUUAAACUUAUAUGUGUACGACAGUACUUAAAAGUGGACACGAAUA